AUGGCUCUCAAUUCCCUCUUCCUCCUACCCAACAGAUUCUGCUCUUCCUUCCCUCCAAUUUGCGCCGUCGCCGGAGUCCCGCCAAUUUCUCGUUCAAUCAGUCCCCAGACGACACCGUUUCCGCUCCGGUUCUCCGCUCACGCGGCGCAAUCCUCCGGCUUCCCCUCCGUUUCAGCUCUCUCCUCCACCGCCACUCCCGAGACUAGCAUCUUCACUUGGGAUGACCCCGUCCGAGCCUCUCAACCUGAAUACGCCCCCGGGGAUUCCUCUGAUCUCUCUGGAUUCUUCGAGAAGAUCAAGUUCUGCAAUCGCGGCUCUCUAAUUGGAAAAUCUAUUUUUUCCCCUUCUCGAAUUUCAGUUUGGUUUCCCGGAAAUCGGUUCGAGGAAGUGUUCGUGAUCAAGGACAGCAGCUCCCAUGGAGCCCGAUUUGGGUAUUGCGUUACUUUACAUGACAAGCUAGGCACGCCGGAAGAGAGGACUGUAGCUGUUGGGGAAGUCAUCAAAUGCUUGGUAGAAGAACAAGAAGAGCUAAUUCCAGGUAUACAAGGUGAGCUCUACCCGGUUACUUCAUUGUUUGGUGGGCGAGUCUACUUCUCAUUAGAGCGUGUUGCUGCUCCGUAUUUCGGGAUAAAGGCAUAUGGCAUUCAUAUGAAUGGCUUUGUGGAGAGUGGUGAUGAAAAAUUGUUGUGGGUAGCAAAGAGAAGUCUAGUGAAACCUACUUACCCUGGAUGCUGGAUCAUCUUGUUGCCGGAGGACUGGGCUCUGCUAGUUGGUGUCGUUUCUUAUGUGGAUAUUGAUGGCGAUAGGUUCAAGAGAGAUGUUCUAUUUUGCUACGAUUUGAAGCUACCUGAAAGUUUUGUACCAAAAAAUCAAGAUGGAGAAGUUGAGGGUUUCAACUUGAUGCCCGUGGGAAGUGUUGCACAUAUAGUAAGGAGGACUCAUUUUUACAAACCAAACUGCUCCCUAGUCGUCAUUGAUUUCCUAUUCCGACAUGGGUACAUUUGCCCUGAAAGCCUGGGAUACUUGGACCUGUUGCAGAGCUUGAGGAGUGGUAAUUGCUCGUAG